AUGCUGGGCGCCGCGAACGGUCCCGUGGCGGUGCUGUCCACCGCGCUGCACGUCGACAGCGGCACCAGCAGCGACGACGACGACGGCCUGCAUGACUGGGCGCGGGACAUGGUGAAGGGCGUCUGCUGCAUGGUGGCCGUGCUCGGCGGCGUGGGGAACCUCCUCACGCUCACGGCCGUGCCCUACGCCAGCCGCUGUUGCCGCGCGCCGCGCGAGGUCAAACGACUGCGCUACAGCACCGCCACCGUCUUCAUCCUGAACCUGGCGGUGGCGGACCUGUUGUACUGCCUGGUGAACCUGCCGCUCUACUAUUUGCAGUACAGCCGGCCGAGCUUGUGGCGAGACCCGGCCCACGGCUUCGCCUGCCCCCUGGCUGGCGUGCUGCGCUACACCAACGCCGCCGCAGACUGGAUGUCGCUGGCCGGCAUCGCCUUCAACAGGUAUGUCAGCCAGGCCACUGUCGUCUUCUGCAGGCAGGGCAUCAUGCCGCGAUACGGUUUCGACUCUGGGGAGCCACCAGCGGGCCUGUCAGGCGACGAGGCCGAGCUGAUGACAACCCCCGCCGUCUGCCCCUUCAGGUACGUGCUGAUCGGGCACAAUCACCUGUACAGCAAGAUCUACCGGUUCCCGUGCAUCGUUGCCAUGGCGAUCGCCGUCUGGAUCUUCAGCUUCGCUAUGAUGUUGCCGCCGCUGCUGGAGGUAUGGGGUCGGCUCGGCCUCGACGAGCGUACCUUCUCCUGCACGAUCCUGAAGAAGAACGGCAAGUCGCCCAAGAAGAUGCUCUUCGCAGUCGGCGUGCUCUUGCCGUGCUUGAUUAUCGUCACAUGCUACGCGCUCAUCUUUGUUAAGGUCCGCCGCAGUCGGCAGACCAUCCGUGGCCACAGCAUGCAUGGUGCGCGGACGUCAAUGAGCCCGUCCAAGCAGAGCGAGCAGCAGAAAAAUAACGCGCGGAAGGAAGACAUGAGGCUGACCAAGAUGAUGCUCACCAUCUUUCUGGCGUUCUUGGCCUGCUUCUUCCCGCUGAUGUUGGUCAACGUGUUUGACGAUGAUGAUGUGCGCUACCCCAGCCUGCACGUAGUGGCCUGGUCGGUGCUGGCCUGGAUGUCGCAAGCCAAGCGCGACUGUCAGUGGUCAAAGUCGAUGGUCGUGGUUACCCCGCGCGGCCGCUAG